AUGGCGACCAGCAGCGGCUCCAAGGCCGAAUUCAUUGUCGGAGGGAAAUACAAACUGGUACGGAAGAUAGGGUCUGGCACCUUCGGGGACAUUUAUCUGGCGACUAACAUUACCGAUGGUGAGGAAGUGGCAGUCAAGCUAGAAUCGCUGAAGGCCAGCCACCCUCAGCUGCUGUACGAGAGCAAACUCUAUAAGAUCCUUCAAGGCGGGGUUGGCAUCCCCCAUGUACAGUGGUAUGGUCCAGAAAAAGACUAUAACGCGCUGGUCAUGGAUCUCCUGGGACCCAGCCUCGAAGACCUCUUCAAUGUCUGUUCAAGAAGGUUCACAAUGAAAACUGUACUUAUGCUGGCUGACCAGAUGAUCAGUAGAAUUGAAUAUGUGCAUACAAAGAAUUUUAUACACAGAGACAUUAAACCAGAUAACUUCCUCAUGGGUGUUGGGCAUCACUGCAAUAAGUUGUUCCUUAUUGAUUUUGGCUUGGCUAAAAAAUACAGAGACAGGAGGACCAAACAACACAUACCGUACAGAGAAGAUAAAAGCCUCACUGGCACUGCCCGAUAUGCUAGCAUCAAUGCACACCUCGGUGUUGAGCAGAGUCGCCGAGAUGAUAUGGAGUCCUUAGGCUAUGUUUUGAUGUAUUUUAAUAAAACUACCCUGCCGUGGCAAGGACUAAAGGCAGCAACAAUGAAACAAAAAUAUGACAAGAUUAGUGAGAAGAAGAUGUCCACUCCUGUUGAAGUUUUAUGUAAGGGGUUCCCUGCGGAGUUUGCCAUGUACUUAAACUACUGUCGUGGGUUGCGCUUUGAGGAAACUCCAGAUUACAUGUAUCUGAGGCAGCUAUUCCGUACACUUUUCAGGACCCUGAACCACCAAUAUGACUACGUAUUUGACUGGACAAUGUUAAAGCAGAAAGCAACAUCUCCCAUUGGGCAGUGUCAGCCGGCCCAGGUCCCCAAAGACAAGGAAACUGACAAGACCAAGAGCAACACAAAAGGUCUCUAA